AUGGGGACGGACCUGCACGCUGGGCGGGCGGACCACUCCGUCGAUCCCCUGAGCCAUGGGGAGGCCAGGGGUUCCCUGGACGACCCGCCCCCCUACGAGUCCAUCAUCAUGGGCACGGCCAGGCCGCUGGAGGCAGCCAUCACCGUCUUUGUCACCGAUCCAGUUCGCCAGCUGGAGGGGGUGCGGUCGUUCGUGUCGUACCGCGUCACGUACCGCCCUGCCUCAGGCCCCGGCUCCUCCGUCCACCCCGCGGGCGUCAUCCGGCGCUUCAGCGACUUUGACUGGCUGAAGAAGCAGCUCCGGGCCAACCACCGGGGCUGCAUCGUCCCCCCCCUGCCCGAGAAGAACGUGGUCGAAAAGUACAAGCUGACCGACGAGUUCAUCGAGCAGCGGCGCGCCGCGCUGGCGGUGUUCAUGAAUCGCCUGGCGGCGCACCCGGUGCUGCGACACUCCCCCGCCUUCCAGCUGUUCCUGGACGCCGACGAGGCGGGGUUUGCGCGCGAGGUGGCGCGCACCGCCGGCGAGGCCGGCGGCGCAGGCCCGCUGGAGGCAGCCAUCACCGUCUUUGUCACCGAUCCAGUUCGCCAGCUGGAGGGGGUGCGGUCGUUCGUGUCGUACCGCGUCACGUACCGCCCUGCCUCAGGCCCCGGCUCCUCCGUCCACCCCGCGGGCGUCAUCCGGCGCUUCAGCGACUUUGACUGGCUGAAGAAGCAGCUCCGGGCCAACCACCGGGGCUGCAUCGUCCCCCCCCUGCCCGAGAAGAACGUGGUCGAAAAGUACAAGCUGACCGACGAGUUCAUCGAGCAGCGGCGCGCCGCGCUGGCGGUGUUCAUGAAUCGCCUGGCGGCGCACCCGGUGCUGCGACACUCCCCCGCCUUCCAGCUGUUCCUGGACGCCGACGAGGCGGGGUUUGCGCGCGAGGUGGCGCAGGGGGGCAAGGGGACGGCCAUCGCGACCCGGAUGUCCAGCGAGCUGGUCGCCUUCCAGCGGCAGCGCGCAGAGGAGCUCAGUGCGGUGCUGCGCCGCUUCGCCACACUGGUGGCCGCGGGGGAGGGCGCGGCUGCCAAGACCUGGGCGCCCCUGGCGCGGGGGGCAGACGCAUAG